AUGGAGCCCGCAUUUGCCAACGGAGGCCCGCCGCCGGAGCAGCAGCCGGCGCCGGCGAUGGUGGUCCGGGAGCAGGACUGCCUGAUGCCGAUCGCGAACGUGAUCCGCAUCAUGCGCCGCGUGCUGCCGCCCCACGCCAAGAUAUCCGACGACGCCAAGGAGGUGAUCCAGGAGUGCGUCUCCGAGUUCAUCAGCUUCGUCACCGGCGAGGCCAACGACCGGUGCCACCGGGAGCACCGCAAGACCGUCACCGCUGAGGACCUCGUCUGGGCCAUGGACCGCCUCGGCUUCGACGACUACGUCCCGCCGCUCGGCGUCUACCUGCGCCGGAUGCGCGAGUCCGAGGGCGGCGGGUCGGGCGCCCGCGCCGGUGGUGGUGACCGCGCCGCCGGCUCCGAGGUUGUCGUCGCCGCGCCACCGCCGCCGGCGCCACCGACGUCCGAGGUCGACGCGUUCCUGUACGCGCAGGCGCCGCGGAGCAUGUACGCGCCACAAGCUCAGCCGGUGGCGGUGCAGGGGUACCCCGUGGCCUUGCCUGCUCUUCCCGGCGGCGGCGGCGGCGCGCCUCACGUCGUCGUCGGCGGCCAGCACGAGGUGUUCGGUGGCGUGCCGGCACCAGUGGCUCUCUACUACGGAGGAGUUCCGUACGGCGAGGGCAGCAGCAGCCGCGGGGGCUGCGCCGCCGCCGACGAGGGGAGCUCGUCGUCGAGCGCCUCGCCGGCGCCAGUCGGCCCCAGCUACCAGUAG